CGCCAUGCUCGCCCGCGCCCCCAUCGCGUCCAAGUUCGCCGUCGCCGGUGCGUCGCGCGUCGACCUCCGCGCCCGCGGUCGCGCGCCCGCGGUCGUCCCCCGCGCGUCCGCCCCCGGCCAGGGCUCCACCGGCCGGACCGGACCAACGUCAUCCCGCACCGACGUCGCGUCACCCGACGAUGUCAGGGCUCUCAUGCCCCGCACCGUCGACCGCGCGCGGCUCGUGGCGCAGGUCUCCGCCAAGGCCGCCCCCGCGCCACCCGCGGAAAGCCCGCCAUCCGCGUUCGUGCUGUGGUGCCGCGGUAACUGGGGGUACUUCGCCGCGCUGCAGACGGUCGCGCUCAUCGGCGCAUCGUACAACGGGCGGUUAGCGCGGAAGCGACGAUUGGAGAUCGCCGACAUCAACGACAAGCUCCGCGCCAUGAUGGCCAAGUACGAGGGCAAGCUGGGAUCCGUGGACGACGACGACGUAGGGCCCGCGUCCGAGGCGCUCGCGGCGGCCAAGGCGGCGCUCGUGGCGGGCGACUUUGACGCCGCCGCGGGCAAAUUCUCCGAGGCGAAGGCGAUCGCGCAAAAGCACGGCGACUCCUCGGCGGUGCUGUCGGGAGCGAAGGGAACCGCGACGGCGCUGAUGCGCGCGGGGCAGCUCAGGGCGGCGGUGGCGGAGCUCGAGAGCGUGGUGGAUCUGGCGGUGAGCGAGGGGGACAGCUCGGUGUACGGCAUGCUCGGCGACGCGCACACCGACCUCGCCGAGCUCGGCAAGGCUGGAGCGUAUUACGACAAGUGCCUCGCCAUGGACUGAUGAGACAGACGCGGGUUUGUGUCGACGACGCGUGGACCUGGGUGGGAGCGAGUCGAGGGGGAGGGAUGCAGCGGAUUAAGAGCCGUGGAGCGUAGUCCUUAACACAUGUUUUAUGCGCGU